AUGUUCAAUCACGUCCAGGCACUCAACUACACAUUGCCAAUUUACAAUACUCUGAACAAUAUCACUUUGCAACACUCUACGAUUCGUUUCAGCACGCCAAUCAUCGCGGGGUCAAACUUCACAGGAGACUCGACGGAAACUAGCUACAAUGCUGUGCAGACUGUCCUACCUUCAGCUUGCCGCGUGGCCUGCGAGAUCGAAACAUCUGAUAACUCAACUGCAAGAUUUGAGGUCUGGCUUCCAACCAAGGCUGCCUGGAACUCUAGAUUCUUGGCCGUUGGCAAUGGUGGUUGGGCUGGUGGGAUCAACUACCCUGAUAUUGUUACUGGCUUGAAGGAAGGGUUCGCUACCAUGAGUACCAACACUAGUCACAACUCGACUCAAAACGAUGCUUCAUGGACUGGCAACGCAGAAGAGAUGAUCGACUUUUCCAGUGGCCAUCGUGCGCUUCACCUCUCCACCAUCGCAGCAAAAGAGGUCGUUGAGACUGUCUACAACCUCAAUGCGAGCUACUCUUACUACUCAGGAUGCAGUACUGGUGGCCAUCAAGGAUGGAACGAAGUACAAAGAUACCCAGAAGACUUUGAUGGAGUCCUUGUUGGCGCACCAGCAAUCUGGAUGACCCACCUCCCAGGAUGGGACAUCAGAGUAGCACUGGAACAAUUCCCCAACGCGAAACCAAGCUACAUCCCGUCAACGAUGUGGGCUGUGAUUCAUGAGGCUGUGGUUUCUCAAUGCGAUGCUCUAGACGGCGUUGUCGAUGGGUUGGUCAGUGACCCUAGCAGAUGCAACUUCCAUCCGGAAGUCCUUGCCUGUGGAAACGGUAUAAGCAAUUCUUCUCAAUGUCUCAACCCAGCUCAGAUAUCGAAUCUGCAUCAGAUUUAUACCCCGUGGUGGGCAGCUAACAAUACUCUCAUCUUUGAUGGUCUCUCUCAUGGCGGCGAAGCGGGGUACACAUUUCUGUUCAAUAGUGAGACCCCGCAAUUCGGAAUCGACUUCUUCAGGCAUGCGGUAUUGAACGAUACGGCUUGGGAUUAUAUCACAAUCAAUGGCUCAACUAUUGAGCUUGCUGAUGCUAUCAAUCCGGGUGGCAUCAAUGCUUAUGAUCCUGACUUGAGACCUUUCCAAGCUGGAGGAGGAAGAGUGAUCGAGUAUCACGGGUAUCAAGACCCUGUCAUUCCUUCUCUUUCAAGUGGAACUUGGUAUGACAAAGUCUAUGGUUUCUAUUGCGAUUUGGGGCAAGCCAGUCAGUUGAGUGACUUCUAUCGACUUUUCAUGGUACCAGGUAUGCGGCAUUGCAGUGGCGGUGACGGUGCAUGGGUUACUGGAUCAGCCAGUCAGUCGGGAUACACUCCAGCGGAGAAUAGCACCGAGUAUUCGUUGUUGUAUUCUUUGAUCAAUUGGGUGGAAAACAAAAACUCUUCUGGUCCUCAAAAGCUGAUCGGUACAAAAUAUGUAGGGGAUGUGGUUUCAGCUGGGAUAAACUUCACCAGGCCAUACUGCAGAUGGCCGAAUAUACCAGUUUAUGAUGGAGUAGGUGACGUGAGCCUGGCGGAAAGCUGGAGCUGUCCUACUGCAGGAGUAUAUUGA